AAACUAGUGACUAUACUCCGCACUCAUUAUUAUUUCUUUCUCUUAUUUUACAGAAGUAUUCGCUUGAAAAACCAUUACAAUGGCUGAUAAAACUAUCGCCGUGAGUGCCUUAGAAGUUGGCGAACUGAACUUAUGUAUCGAUAGCAUGGAACCGAAAAGUAUAGAGGAUAUUGGAAAUCAAUCCUGGGUAGAUUGGCAUAUAAGAUUGCAAAAAUUGAAUCAACAAGCGGUUUUGGAGGCGACAUCUAUGGGGGAGGAACUUACCAAGGAAACACUUAUUUCUGCGGGAAAGUUGCCCGUGUUGGUCCACGAGGCGAUCUGUAUUCAAGUAUGGCGGCAAAAAAUCUACCCUCAGAUCUUGAAACUGGAGCCAGAACCAGCCACCACUUUCGGGAUCUAUAUGGUGCUGUACCACGAGGCGGCGGCGGUGGGUCUACUAGAGACGGCGUUGUUCCACGAGGCCGGCGCGCAGUGCCUCAGUGACGUCACCGUGGACCUCCUCGACUACGCUAUUGAACAGCUCACGGCUUUGGUGGGGCUUAUCAACUCCGACUACCUGAAGCCUGAAGAUGUGAAGAAACAACUAUCGGAAUCGACCCUUGAAGAACUGACGCGGCAGAAGAAUGAUUUGCAGUUUGACAUCAGCAUGAGAUGCAUUACCAUUGUGCGCUACAUAGCGGAGCACAUGGAGGCGGUCGGCAUCGGAGCGUGUAUCGCGACCGGCCUCUACCGCACGCACGACGCCCCCGCGCUACUGGCCCUACUACUGCAGGCUGAACCGUGGAGACGAGGCGAGGAGGUGUUUGAAUGUGAGUCAGUCUAUACGGGCAAAUGGGUGCCGUCAACGCCAUCUAGCGAGCUCCACCGCAGCGAGGCGCAGCUCUGGCUGUGUCUGCGCCAGCUGCUCCUGCAGCCGCGGCUCGCGCAGCACUACCGCAUCGACGACACCGCCCGGGCUACCUUCUGCAGGCUGGAAAGUAAGCUAUCAGAGUCGGUCCUGGACCAGAUCCCGCCGCUGGCUGAGCUGAAGAUGUUCCUGUGUCGGCUGGCCGUGGGCGACUGCGCCGGGCUCGCGGCUAACGGGGUCAAGAGCCCUGGAUGCACUCUGGUGGAAAUAGUUCCGCAGAUAAAAGACAAAUACCUCAAGCAAGUCCACAAGCGCGCCAAGUCCAUCGCUAAAGCCCAACUACAAUACUUCCACGUGGACGGUUCAUCAUCAUCUCGCGACGCGGCGCGGCGACUACUCGAGUGCUACGCGGGGGACGCGGCGCUGGCGCUGGAGGGGGGGCGGUGCGCGGGCUGCGGGGAGCAGGCGGGGAGGAAGUGUGGAAGGUGCUCUAGCGAAUGGUAUUGUGGCAGAGAAUGCCAAGUGAAGCAAUGGGCAAAACAUAAGGAGCUAUGUGAUCAAUUAUCUCAACUUCUGAUCUAGAUUUUAAUGGCGGAUAGAUUUAAUUAUGUUUCUUUAGUGUUAAUUUAAAGAUAUGAGACUUUUAUAUA